CCCCAAACAGUACUAGCUAGCUAGCACUUCCAGAAUUUCUGAUCGACUUCACAAUUUAUACUCUGAGAGACACAGAAAAUGUCGACUAGCAUGUGGAAGAAGGCAAAACCGUAUUUGCUGACUAUUGGUUUGCAAUUUGGAAGUGCAGGGAUGUACAUCAUAAGCACUGUGACUCUCAACCAUGGCAUGAAUCGAUACGUUCUCAUUGUGUAUCGCAAUGCUAUUGCAGCUCUUGUUCUCCUUCCUUUUGCUUUGGUUCUUGAAAGGAAAACAAGGCCCAAAAUGACGCUUUCAAUCUUUUUUCACAUAAUGGUGCUGGGAUUUCUAGAGCCGGUCCUUGAUCAGGGCUUUGCUUACUUGGGAAUGAAUUAUACUUCAGCAUCAUUCACUUCUGCCAUCAUGAAUGCCGUUCCCUCUGUUACCUUUGUAAUUUCCGUCAUUUUCCGGAUAGAGCAAGUAAACAUUAAGGAGGUCCGGAGUCAAGCAAAGGUGAUAGGAACCCUAGUAAGCUUUGGGGGAGCUUUGUUGAUGGCAACGUACAAAGGCCCUGCCAUUAACAUAGUAGGCUCACAUGAUAACAGCAGCCACCAUGAAAGUAGCAGCAGCAACACUUCGGGCUCACACUGGGCAAUGGGGACGCUCUUCAUCCUCAUAGGCUGUGUGGCUUGGUCCUGUUUCUACGUGUUACAAUCUGUAACAGUGAAGAAAUACCCGGCAAACAUAUCUCUGUCCUGCUGGAUAUGCACCAUGGGCGCCAUGCAAGGUGCAGCAGUAGCUUUUGUUGCAGAGCGCCGUCCUAGUGCAUGGGCUGUUGGCAUGGAUACAAGGCUCCUAGCACCUCUUUAUACGGGAAUAGUUAGUUCUGGAAUUACAUACUACGUGCAGGGAUUGGUAAUGAAAACGAGAGGACCAGUGUUUGUGACAGCUUUUAACCCUCUUUGCAUGAUCCUUGUCGCAAUUCUGGCUUCGUUCAUUCUAGCUGAGAAACUGCACCUGGGCAGUAUCAUUGGAGGGGUUAUAAUCGCCAUCGGCCUUUAUGCUGUGGUUUGGGGAAAAAGCAAGGACUACGGUACUAGCCCAAGCAGUGAUCCCUCUGACCUCAAGGAUGAGGAUGAAGUUCACAAAUUACCAGUUACUACAACCAACGGGACUAAAAUGUCCAUUAUUGGUGACAAAGAUAGCAGCAACAAGCCAACAGAGAUGCAAUAUAUGACGGUCCAAAAAUAAAGCUUCCAUUGACGAACCCUAGCUAGCUUUUCUUUCAGGACAACUCUACUAACAAGUGGUGACAUGAACUGUUAUCAAUCAACAAGCCAGAAUAAGAAUAUGUGCCAUGAUCUUCUUUAUUUCUCAAUUAAUUCUGCAUGUUUAGAGCGCUAUCCCUGCACAAUGUUAUGAACUCGUGUUAUCUUUUUCCUUUUUGUCUGUACAAAAUUAUAGUUAUAAAAUUAUUAUUGUAUGUAUCAAAUUUCGUAAUCAUAUUACUGCCAAUUGCUUAUCUCUAAGUUAAGCGUUUGCUUGCAU